ACUUCCCUAGCUGUGCGGCCGUCAUGAACAGAGGUUUAUCGGAGCAAGCGGUGGCCGAUGCCUGCAAGGAAGGAGACCCAGCCACCAAGGACUACAUGAUGCAGCAAACCAUGCUGAGGGUCAAAGAUCCCGCUCGAUCCCUCGACUUCUACACCCGAAUCCUUGGAAUGACGUUGUUGCAGAAGAUCGACUUCCCAUCCGUGCGCUUCACUCUCUACUUCCUGGGCUUCGAGAACAAGGCUGACAUUCCGUCGGACAUCCGAGAGAGAACAGCCUGGACUUUUUCCCGGAGAGCCACCUUGGAGCUCACGCACAAUUGGGGGUCCGAGUCAAAUGCAAGUUUGUCGUAUCACAAUGGAAACAGAGACCCCAUCGGCUUUGGUCACAUUGGCAUCGCUGUUCCCGACGUUGGCAUCGCUUGUCACUUGUUUCAAUCUCUGGGCGUCACCUUUAUCAAGAAACCACACUCUGGCAAGAGGAAAGGUCUGGCCUUCAUUCAGGAUCCUGAUGGCUAUUGGAUUGAGAUCUUCAGUCCAAACAAGAUGGCAGACUUGAUGGCGCCUUGAAGCUGAUGGACUAAGAAUUCUGGGGAAAAUUUUUAUACCUGUGUGUUCUUUUGUCACUAUAAGUCACAAGCUGCACACUUUCAGCCUCACAUUGACUUCUUCCCUGGCAAUUUUGUCAAGCAUGAUCCUGUCUUAAUCAUAUAGUGAUAACAUCAUAUUUGCCCUCUUGUAAUUUUUUAAUUUUUUUGCAUGGUUUCUCGAAUUGAAUGUUUAACAUCUUCCAAAAACUAUAAUUCAAGUAGACGUAAAUGCAAUUUUUAAAUAGUGAUGUUUUUGUUAUUAACUCUUUCAUGGCUAUUGACAGCAACUGAAGUAGAAUCCAAUUAAUUAUUCAGUUAUAUUGACAGCAAUAGAUGCCAUUUUGACCUGGAGCAGGUCCCAUAACUUCCAUCAAUCAUAGCAAGUGGUCCAGGUCCAACAUUUUUACCUAAUAUGUUCGACUGUUGUGAUGAUGUACUUUUUCAUAAUAUGUACAGGUAUAUGGCAUAAAACACAUACAAGGCUGAAAAGACAGUUUGUUCUCUUGCCCACGUUUAAAAUAAACUGCAGUAUUUUAAGCCAAAACAACUGUUGUAUUUGAUAGAACAAUAUGUCUAUAUGCUGCCAUAGCAGUUUCAUGGCGCAAACUUCCCCCCCAAACUAUUUUUUAUUUGUAUUUUACCCUGGAGACCCCCGUUUACCGGCACCGCGCAACCGCUUUUGUUUCAACCCAGCCAUAAAACGAAGGUAAUUAAUUAUAUUUAUUAUUCAAAAUGUCUAUGGCGGAAAACACAGACAAGACUGAAAAAGCAAAUUCUUCUUUCUC